UGAAAAUGAGAUCAGCAAGGGGAAAAAGGCACUCGAAAACGGAAGAUUAACGAUAGCGGUACGACUCAUGGUUGAAUCAUAGUUGCUUCUGCUACUUGCUGCUUGCUACUUGCAUAACAAUGUAACCCACUCUCUCCCAAUUCCUAAUUAUCCUCCCGCCAAAAUUUCCCUCUUCCUUUCAAUUCCCAAACCCUAACCCCCUUCCCAUUCUCUCCCAAUUUCACUGCACUCUCACUUUCCACUUAGGGUUUCAUUCCGAUCACACAACCAUGCCGUCGCUACUCUCUCCGGGCAAAAUCCACCGUCUGGAGAUGGAUAAUUUCAAGUCCUACAAGGGCUUCCAAGUCAUCGGUCCCUUCUUCGACUUCACCGCCAUCAUUGGCCCCAACGGCGCCGGCAAGUCCAACCUCAUGGACGCCAUAAGCUUCGUCCUCGGCGUCAGAACCGGCCAACUCCGCGGUGCGCAACUCAAGGACCUCAUCUACGCCUUCGACGACAAAGAGAAAGAGCAGAAAGGACGCAGAGCCUUCGUUCGCUUGGUCUACCAACUCGCUAACUCCACUGAGAUCCAAUUCACCCGAACCAUCACCAGUGCCGGAGCUAGUGAGUACCGCGUGGACGGCAACGUUGUAAACUGGGAUGCCUACAACGCCAGACUCAAAUCCCUUGGCAUUCUUGUCAAGGCUCGCAAUUUCUUAGUCUUUCAGGGUGACGUGGAAUCCAUUGCGUCGAAAAAUCCGAAAGAGCUCACUGCGCUGAUUGAGCAGAUAUCUGGUUCUGAUGAGCUCAAGAGGGAUUUUGAGCAGUUCGAAGAGGAAAAAGGUGCUGCUCAGGAAAAAUCAGCGCUUGUUUAUCAGAAGAAGAGGACGGUGGUUACGGAGAGAAAGCAGAAGAAAGCGCAAAAGGAAGAAGCAGAAAAACAUCUACGCCUGCAGGAUCAACUGAAAUCUAUGAAGAAAGAGCAUUUUUUGUGGCAAUUGUUUAAUAUAGAAAAUGAUAUUGUUAAAACAACUGAUGAUCUUGAAGAUGAGAAAAAGAGUCGUGAAGGCAUUAUUGAAGAACUAGAAAAAUUUGAAAAUGAAGCUGGUAAAAAGAAAAAAGAACAGGCCAAAUAUCUGAAAGAGAUUGCACUACGUGAAAAGAGAAUUUCUGAGAAAAGCAACAAGCUUGACAAGAGUCAACCUGAGCUUCUUAAGUUAAAGGAGGAAAUGAAUCGAAUCAAUUCAAAAAUAAAGAAAGGGAAGAAAGAGCUGGAUAAAAAAAGGGAAGAACGGAGGAGGCAUGCUGCUGAUAUAGCUGAGCUACAGAGGGGCAUCCAGGAUCUUUCUGCAAAGAUGGCAGAGCUACAGGUAAAAGGUCGAGAUGUUGGUGAACAGCUAAAGUUGGAUGGCAAUGACUUGGAAGAAUAUUUUCGAAUCAAAGAGGAAGCUGGGAUGAAAACUGCAAAGCUUAAGGAAGAAAAAGAGCUUCUAGAUAGGCAACAACAUGCUGAUAGUGAAGCGCAAAAGAAUUUAGAAGAAAAUCUUCAACAGUUAAGAAACAGGGAGUCUGAAUUGAAUUCACAGGAAGAACAAAUGCGAGCAAGGCUAAAAAAAAUUCUUGAUAAUUCUACAAAAAAUAAGGAUGGCCUUGCAAACUUGAAAAAAGAACUACGUGUGAUGCAGGACAAACAUCGUGAUUCCAAGAAAAAAUAUGAAAAUUUGAAGUUAAAAAUUGGUGAAUUAGAAAAUCAACUACGAGAAUUGAAGGCUGAUAGAUAUGAAAAUGAGAGAGAUGCCAAAUUGUCUCAAGCUGUAGAGACUCUGAAACGUCUGUUUCAAGGAGUUCACGGUCGCAUGACUGAUCUUUGUAGGCCAACACAGAAGAAGUAUAACCUAGCUGUUACUGUUGCUAUGGGUAGAUUUAUGGAUGCAGUUGUAGUUGAGGAUGAAAAGACUGGGAAAGAAUGCAUCAAGUAUUUGAAAGAUCAGAGGCUUCCUCCACAGACAUUUAUUCCUCUGCAGUCUGUUCGGGUGAAGCCAAUUAUGGAAAGAUUGCGCACAUUAGGGGGUACUGCAAAACUGGUUUUUGAUGUGAUUCAAUAUCCUUUUUCUCUAUUUGAUCCCUCCUUGGAGAAGGCAAUUCUCUUUGCUGUUGGGAAUACUCUUGUUUGUGAUGAUCUUGAGGAGGCCAAAAUUUUAAGCUGGAGUGGUGAGAGGUUUAAAGUUGUAACUGUGGAUGGAAUUCUGCUGACAAAAUCGGGGACUAUGACUGGUGGAACUAGUGGUGGAAUGGAAGCUAGGUCAAAACAGUGGGAUGACAAGAAAAUUGAAGGACUUAAUAAGAAGAAAGAGCAGUACGAACAAGAGUUGGAAGAGCUAGGAUCAAUAAGGGAUAUGCACCUUAAAGAGUCUGAAGCAUCUGGAAAAAUUAGUGGGCUUGAGAAGAAAAUUCAAUAUGCUGAGAUUGAAAAGCGAAGCAUUGAAGAUAAACUUUCAAAUUUGAGCCAAGAAAAACAGACCAUCAAAGAAGAAAUUGAACGUAUCAGUCCAGAACUGCAGAAGUUAAAUGACGCUGUUAACAAGAGGAAUGCAGAAAUACGUAAGAUUGAGAAGAGGAUAAAUGAAAUCACUGAUCGCAUAUACAAAGACUUCAGCAAGUCAGUUGGGGUAGCAAACAUCCGUGAAUAUGAAGAAAAUCGACUCAAAGCUGCUCAAAAUGUAGCAGAAGAGAGGCUGAACCUGAGUAGCCAACUUUCAAAAUUGAAAUAUCAGUUGGAGUAUGAGCAAAAUCGGGACAUGAGUUCUCGAAUUCAAGAAUUGGAAUCUUCUCUCAGUGCUUUAGAGAAGGAUUUAAAACAGGUACAGAACAAAGAGGCUGAAGCAAAGUUAGCAGCUGAAAAUGCUACUGAAGAGAUUAAUCAGUUUAAGGAAGAAACUAAAGAGUGGAAAUCAAAGUCAGAAGAUUGUGAAAAGGAAAUCCAAGACUGGAAGAAGAAAGCUUCUGCAGCCACAACAAACAUAUCCAAACUCAAUCGUCUGAUAAACUCUAAGGAGGCACAGAUUGAGCAGUUGAUCGUGCAAAAGCAGGAAAUAUCAGAUAAGUGUGAACUAGAACAGAUUAGCCUUCCAAUCAUAUCAGAUCCCAUGGAUACUGGUAGCUCAACCCCAGGUCCAGUUUAUGACUUUAAUCAACUAAGUAGGGCACUGAGAGAUAGGAGACACUCUGACAGGGAUAAAAUUGAGGUAGAAUUUAAGCAAAAAAUGGAUGCCUUGAUGUCCGAGAUUGAAAGAACAGCACCAAAUUUGAAGGCAUUGGACCAGUAUGAUGCCCUGCUAGAAAAAGAAAGAGCUGUAACUGAAGAGUUUGAAGCUGUCAGGAAAGAGGGAGAGGAAAAAGCACAGAGAUUCAAUGACGUUAAGGAGAGGAGGUACCGCUUGUUCAUGGAAGCUUUCCACCAUAUAUCUAGUAAUAUAGAUAAAAUUUACAAACAACUCACCAAGAGCAACACACAUCCACUGGGGGGAACAGCAUACUUAAACUUGGAAAAUGAGGAUGAUCCAUUUCUACAUGGCAUCAAGUACACUGCUAUGCCCCCAACAAAGCGCUUCCGUGAUAUGGAGCAACUAUCUGGUGGGGAAAAGACAGUUGCUGCUCUUGCAUUGCUAUUUUCCAUCCACAGUUUUAAGCCUUCACCAUUUUUUAUAUUGGAUGAAGUUGAUGCUGCGUUGGACAACUUGAAUGUUGCUAAGGUUGCUGGCUUUAUUCGUUCCAAAUCUUGUGAAGGGGCGAGGGCUAGUCAAGAUGCUGAUGGUGGAAAUGGUUUUCAGAGUAUCGUGAUAUCACUGAAAGACACCUUCUAUGACAAAGCCGAAGCAUUAGUUGGGGUUUAUAGGGACUCUGAAAGAGCGUGUUCGAGAACUCUCACAUUUGAUCUAACUAAAUAUCAAGAGUCCAAAAAUUCAUCCGCAGGGUCUAAUUGAUUAGCCGCCUGCUAUGUACAGAGCUCGAUUGCGUUUUUAUUUCUUGUUUAAAGGUGGCCAAACCUAUAUGUAUCUUCUUAUCAUCCCUCUUGUCAAUUCCUUGUGUUUUAAGUUACCAUUUGAGUUCUUUUUUAAAAUUAUUGUAAAUAGGACUUCCUCACAGUAGAUGCCCUUUUCUGCUACCAUAAAUGCAAUGUAGAAUACAGUGGCUAGAUGUCCAAAUGUUCUUGAAGUAUUUUUUAUUCAUUCAACUUUCUCU